CUAGCCGUCACCAGUAACGACUUGCCGGUUCGUCAAGCCGGUCCCCAGCUCAUGCGAAAUAUGCGAGUGCGCAACAGCGCAGUUCCCAGUGGUCGCAACGAGAAUCUAGGGGUAGUUUUCGCGAUAAUAAGUGAUUGAGUGAUUUUUUUUCCAGAGGAUUUAUAGUUCGCAUCGGCGGGAGGUACGAGAAGGAUGAGGAUGAAUCCAACUCAGAUUUUGAUCUUCUCGCUAGCCAUAGCCCUAGUCACCUGCGCAGAACCGAACAGGCGGAACCUUCAAAGGCUGGUAGGCGGUCACUUGAAAGCGCAGGACCAAUCGUCGAACGACGCGGAACUCCUAGAGGCGCACUCUAGCGGCAGCAAGACUAAAAAGACGGAAGAUGGCGGCGGCGUCGACGAAGAGAAGAAAACUCUAUCGCAGCAGGUCGCCGACGGCAAAUACGGCCUGAUACAGAAGGAACUCUUCAAGAAACCGCUGAAACAACCCGGCAUCAUCAGCUACGACGCUAAUCCCGAGGUGCCGAAGGAUAACAUCAACAACCUCGGCGGUCUCAGCAAGGAAGACAUCUGGUUGGCGGAGAACCACCUGCUGGUGAUAAAAGGAGGUACUUAUCCGAAACAUACGGAUAAGUUCGACAGUAAUCCGCUGUUAUGGCCGGCCAUAGACAAUUAUACGGCUCCCAAGAGGCCUGUGAAAAUACCGUCGCAUCCCAAGGUACCGCCGCCAUUUCCCGUCCAACUCACCGACGACGGACCACUUCAGAUCCUGGGCACAAACACUACGAGAACGCUUGAUGGCCCGCCGUCCGUAUACGCCGUACCGCCCCCCGAAGGCGGCUACGUACCGGGCACGGGACCGUUCUUCCCCCAGCAUCCAGAUCAGGCCGACCCUGCUGCCGGGCGAGCUCAGGACCAGAAUCCUCCAAAGGCUCAGGGGGAAGGGCAAGGGGGGCGGCCGUUCCCCCCGUUCUUGAACGGUACCUCGCCCCCCUCCUUUGCGCAUUUGCCCCCUGGCGCGGUGGCUGUGCCCCCGCCCUCGAUAAACGACUUCGACGAGGACGACCCUUCGAUCUACUAUCCGCCGCCGUACAGCUUCUCGUACCCAAGUAGGGACAACUCGUCGUCGGUGCCGGCCGGUCCCCUGGUGCCGGGCAUCAUCCUACCGCCCCCGCCCGACUUCUUCGCGCCCCAGGAAGAGACCACCAAGAAGGCGACGCCCAACAAGCGACCCACCUACACCAAGCGGCCGAAGAUGCAGAAGACGACCCAGCAGUCCCCGCACGUUCAUCCUACCACCACCCCCAUACCUCCCACAUCCGUGAUUAACAUCACCCUCCGGAAGCCGAUCAAGGUGGUGCCGAACAACCCUACAGAGAUAAACAACGAGCUGAACACCACGCCCAUCCCGAAACCACCGCAGAGAACCACCACAAGACCUCCGAAGACCAAAAUCAAAACUCGUCCGAACGUCAAACGACCGUCUGUCACCAUACUGAAACCGGUUAAAUCCGCGCAGUCGCACAGGACCUUCUACAAUCAAGCGCCGCCAUCUGGCGAUCCGUUCCCGAUCUACGGACCGCCCAAAACCACGACCAGACCCAAAACUAUCGUAAGUUCCACCCAAGUGCCAUUACACCACUAUUACACCACCCAAGAGGACAUCAGCAACAACGUGGUGACGGUCGUACCGGAAAAGAGCACUGUACAACCGGCCAACUACUAUUUCUACGAGGAGGAACCGCAUACCAACAGCGUGACGCCUCCUAGAUCCCAGAAAAUCGUCCACGACUUCUUCAAUUUGCCGGAUCGGUAUUACGAGCAGGCUCCGAGGAAGUCCCCGAGGACCAAGUAUGUUUACGUGACGUCGAAGCCUUUCAACGACCCAAGGCCCAGGUACAACCUCGUCAGGCAGAAGGGGAGACCGACCAGUUUCAACGCGCACCUAGAGCAGCUCCGGGAGCAAAUAGAGUACUUCUCGUCGCCCAGGCCGGUGUUUAGGGAGAUUCAGUCGCCGAGACCGGUCUAUCAAUACAGCUUCCAGGCUUCCAACUACAAACCGACUCAACCCCACAACUUCAGACCCUCUCAACCUGAUACUCCGAUAGAUGACGAGGAAGGUUUCAAACCCAUGCCAAGAUACAGCGUGCAGAUCCAGCAGGCUCUGGAAAUAUCGACUAACCAACCGACUCCAUAUCCACCCCAAAACCCGAUAUACUUCAGGCAGAGCUUCAGAGCAACGACAGAGAGGCCCCUGGAUCACCAGAAUUACUACACUACAGCAAAACCAAAGUACACUUACAACGGAGGUCAGCUGAGGGGAAAAAACGUAAUCAGGGCCAAACCAAGCGUUCAAUAUUCUUCAGAGGCCGGUCAGAGCAAUCACGAUUACAGAGGGUUCUACAUUAAACCCGAAGACAACUAUUACGAAGGGAAUAAGGCGUCCAAUUAUGGUCAGCGGAUACCCAGCCAUACUACCGCCGUACCGGAAGUGAGGUAUUCCACGAGAUCCCCCAAGGUUGUUUACGUGACCAACACGCAGCGUCAACCUAAACCGAUAUCGUUGGAAGGUGACACCUUGGUCAACUACGUCAAUCCCCGUCCGAAUAUAAACCCGGACUCCGAACUGAUCCCUGUGGAAGCCCCGCAAAGGGCCAAAUAUCCCUCGAACUACGGUAGGAGACCUCCAAAUCCUUACAACCCCAACGUGGAACAUAACUACAACGGAAGACCUCAAAUCGUUGAGGCCAUACCGAUCAGCGUGCCUAACGAGGAUGCAAGAAGGGGUUCUUUCAUCUCCUACUCGUUGCCGGGUAACAAUGGGGCGCAUUUCUACUUCCUGACCCCCCAGCUGGCGCAGAGCAGAGAUCAGGGGGCGGACUUCUAUUAUUCUCAGAGGGACAGCGAGAGGAUACGGAGAAACAACAGGGACGGCAGUGAAAGAUGAAGAACUGAGAGAAAGACGAAAAAUUCUUAAAGUGUCAUUGUAGCAAGAGAACCUCGUAGUGCGUAAUGUAAUCGGUCUGUGAUUUUGAACGUUUCGCUAGUCGGAACAUGACUUUAUUUAAAAUGCCUUAGAUCUUGUAAUUAUAAUGGUUAUAUAUUUGUUAUCUACUUAUUUAUAAUUUAUGUUAACCGCGUAGUUAGGAAAUAAUUUAUACCAAUGCGAAUGCAGGAAUUUAAAUGCUCCUGACUAUUUCAUUUUAUUAUUCUGGAUUUUUGCAGCUCAAUUCAACAAUAGUACAGUUGACUUUGACCUGCGAUUCCCAGAAUAGAACAUUCAUAUGAAAAUGUUCGAAAUUUCAGCAAGAGUCAAUUAUUUAUUGUAAACUUAUAAAGUAACUCUCCAA